GUUGCUUGUGGAAGCAAGCCCCAGCCUUCAAGCUCCAGAUGCCUAGUGUGCAUGGCCACACUCCAAGCUUCUGUCGUGGGUGAUGCUAUUCAAACUAAGCCCAUUUUUCAUUGCACUGAAAUUGAUAAUCCCUUCUGUGGAUGACAAUGAUGAAAACCUUGGAUGGAUCAAACCAAUUCAUACAUUAAACUGUGUUACAUUGCCUGUUUAUGGAAGCUAUGUUUCUGGCAUUGCCAGUAAAGACCUGAGUUUUGGAAUUCCUGUGGUACUUCCAGUGACAAUAAUAGCAUCAGCCCUCUCAGCUUAUGUUUAUUUUACCUCAGAAAUUGAAAAGCCACCACCAUAUUUCAAUGUAUUUGCAUUUUUAGGGUUCUUUGGUUCUGUAGUAACAAUUUACCUUAUAGCAACAGAGACUGUCUCAUUGCUUCGGGCAGCUGGUCUUGUAUGUCAUAUUUCUGAAGGGACACUUGGAAUGACAGUUCUUGCAUGGGGAAAUUGUUUGGGAGGUAAUUCUAGUAGUUUUACAUACUUUUAA